GGAAAGCUGUAGCGACAUGUUUUCUUUGCCCAAAUAUUCCAUACAUCACGGUAAGUAUGACGUGUAAUUUGUGAGACUGGUGUUUAUCUACACCUAUGCAGAGUGCGGCGAAUAGAAGGUUAGAUGUGGAAAGUCUCAUUUUCCUUCCAGAAUAAAGUGGUUUAGAAACCCAUCCAAACAAGAUGUCUGUUGCUGCCUUGCGUAUGAUCCGAUGUAGGAGGUUGACAACGGCUGGGCCAGGAGUAAAGAGAGCCGUUCCCUGGAAGGAUCUCAGGAGAGUGGCACAUAUAAAGGUCACUGGAGCUGUUGUCUUUGGAGGCUGCAUUUUCAUCACCUAUGAAGUAACAUCCCUGAGCAAAGCUGUGACCAUCGACACCCAGGCCAUCCUUCAAGAGAAACACAAAUCCUACAUCUAUCUCAACUCCUCGUCCCUGACGGAGCCCGAGACCCUUGCCACUGGGCUGACUCACCGAGCUCGGAGGGAGCUGCAUAAGGCUGCCAGGAGGUUCCUGGAGAUCUCCUCAAAAGUCUUCUUGCGGCCACUAGAUGAACACCUGAGCCAUAAGGAUGCGGACCCUCAUGAGUGUGCGUUAUGGGUCCUGCUGAAGAGGACACGGUCAGCCAGUCGAACAGAGAGACUCCAGGCCGUCCAAGACCUGGCACACAACACACACUGGCAAGAGUACCAGUACCAGACGGCAGCGCAGGCCUUGGAUCAGCGCACGGUGGUGGGAUUGGCCCGGACGCCUCACGUGGAUCUGCGCUUCUUCCUCCCGCCUCCUCAACUCCCCCAGGUGGACGACGGCUUCUCGUUGGAGGACGGCCUGAGGCUCCUGCUGGCCUCCUUGCCCCAGUCGGAGGUGGAUGUGUGUGUGCAGUACUUUACGUCUCUGGCCUUGAGAGAGAGCAGCCAAGCCCUUGCCGCACAGAGGGGAGGUCUGUGGUGCUUUGGGGGGAACGGGCUGCCCUACGCCCAGAGUCUCACCUCCAUCCCCUCCGAGAAGGUGGAGUCCUUCUGCCUGCAGGCUCUGGUGAUGCACUCAAAGGUCCCCAGUCACUGUGAGCACAUCGUGGCCAAUGGGGGGCUCCAGCUGCUGCAGAGAGUGUUCCAGUUCCGCUCCGACUCCCAGAAGAUCCAGAGGAACAUCGUACGCAUCAUCGGGAACCUGGCACUCAACAACAACAACCAUGCCGCCAUAGUGCAGUCAGGUUGGUUGACUGUUCUGGCUGAGAUGGCCCAGUCCCCCCACAUCAUGCAGGCGUCACAUGCUGCCCGUGCGCUGGCCAACCUGGACCGGGACGCCGUGGAGGAGAAGUACCAGGACGGGGUGUACGUGCUGCAUCCGCAGGGCCGCACCAGCCCCAGUCAGCCAGUGAAAGCAGACGUGCUCUUCGUGCAUGGCCUCCUGGGGGCGGCCUUUAAGACCUGGAGGCAGAAGGACCUGGACCAAUCAGAAGACGGCACUGGCCCAAGAGGGCGGGAGGACUACACCGAGUGUUGGCCAAAGUCAUGGCUGGCCAGCGACUGCCCCUCCCUGCGUAUUCUCUCGGUCGAGUACGACACCCACCUGAGUGACUGGAGAGCCAAAUGUCCUGCUGAAAACCAGAGGAAGUCUCUGGCGUAUCGGAGCGGUGAGCUGCUGAAGAAGCUGAAGGCAGCGGGUAUUGGAGACAGACCGGUGGUCUGGGUGGCACACAGCAUGGGAGGUUUGUUGGUGAAGAAGAUGCUCUUAGAUGCCUCAAGGGACCCCGAUCUGCAGCCGCUUCUGAAGAACACCAAGGGAAUCCUGUUCUACAGCGUUCCCCACCACGGCACCUUCAUGGCUGAGUACUCGGUCAACGUGCGGUUCCUGCUCUUCCCCUCCAUAGAAGUGAGAGAACUCUGUAGAGAUUCGCCUGCACUUAAAGAAUUGAAUGUCAAUUUCUUGAACAUUGCCAAAGAGCGAGAGAUCAAAGUGCUGAGCUUCGCAGAAACUCUCCCCACAACCAUCGGCCCUAUGAUCAAGAUACUGGUGGUGCCAGAGCAGACUGCAGAUCUCGGCAUUGGAGAAAUUAUCCAAGUGGAUGUGGAUCAUCUGAACAUCUGCAAACCAGACAAGAGGGAUUCUUUUCUCUACAAGCGGAGUUUACAGUUCAUCCAGGAUGCACUUGCAAUACACAAUACCCAAUAAGGAUCAAUAAGAGGGCACAUCACACAAUAAGGACACUCCAUAGGACACACCACACAAUAAGGACAGGACACAUCACACAAUAAGGACGCUCCAGGACUGAAUGGAAACUCCACAGUGGAGUCACACUGCCCACUAGACAACACAUUUCAGAUGCAAUAACACUGCAGCAGGGGUGAUAUGAGACUGCAGUGAUGUGGUGAUAUGAGACUGCAGUGAUGUGGUGAUAUGACACACCAGUGAUGUGUCAAUGUGACACUGCAGUGGUGAUAUAUGAGACUGCAGUGGUUGGAUGCUGCGAGCUCCCUGUAGUAACAGCCUAAUGACCGUAUAAGAUCAGUGCUCCCUGUAGUAACAGCCUAAUGACCGUAUAAGAUCAGUGCUGUGUUGCUUAGCGUGACUGAGUGAGAUGCGCAUGCUAACAUGAGAGCAACAGUUAGUGUUGACUGCCAUAACCCUAACCCUAGUAUUGACCCUAACUAGUAUUGACCCUAACCCUAGUGUUGACCCUAACCCUAAUAUUGACCCUUGACCCUAAUAUUGACCCUAACCCUAGUGUUGAUCACAACUCCAAGCCUGCAGCUGCUGUGGGAUCCCUUUACUAGCACUCUGAUCAUGUGCUCCUGGUUGUCUUGAGACAGAAUCGUAUCAUUUUCCAGAGUUUAGUUUCCCCCUCAUUUUUACAGAAACAUAAAACUCUCCAGGACAUAUAGAGAGCCCUUUUAAAUGUGUGGAUCACACGUGUGUGUAACUCAAGGACAUAUAGAGAGCCCUUUUAACGUGUGUGUAACUCCAGGACAUAGAGCCCUUUUAAAUGUGCGGACUUUCUGCAUCACACAUACUUCUUCCUCUGUGUUCCAUCUCCCUCUGAGCACUUUUAUAUAGUUGAUCAUUCGCACUUUCCUUGUCCAGAGAUUCUUAUGCAGAGCUGUUUAUUCAGACUUUUAAAUACUUGUUUCCACUGUUAAAAGCAUCAAUACCAGACUUGAAACUGCCUUUUGAAAUGUUGCCAGCAGCCUCUCCCCUCUACCUCAGGCACACCUCAAUGCAUUUACAGCUAUUUAUUUGAUUAUUUUAUUGUUUUAUGGUAUUUUUUGUCAUGAUGGAGCCUGCAAGAUCAUGUUUAAAUGAAUUGACGUAUGGCUUAGUCCCUACAAGAUAUGACGUCAGUACUGUCAAAACUUAUUGUCACAUAUUCAAUGCCCUUUAUCUUGAAAAAUAAUUAUGGCCUAUUUUAAUAAAGUGGCUUUAUUCUA